UGUCAGAUGUAGCUACUCUCGUGUCAAAGUGAGUGAGAGAAGACGGAGAAAAAAAUACAUAAUGUUUUCUCUUGCGAGUGGGUCGACGUAUAUUCCUUAUAAAUAAAUAAGUGAUAUGGUGAAGAAAAAAAAUGUAAUAAUCGUGAUGUCAAAUAAAUAAAAUGAAGGAUAAAAUGCCACCGUUUCGUAGGAAAAAAUCGGGGAAAUCGUUUCCGGUGAAAGUCUGCACUUUGGACGCCGAGCUUGAGUUCAAUUUGGAGUGGCGAGCCACUGGGAGAGACUUAUUUGAUUUAGUGUGCCGAACUAUUGGUCUCAGAGAGACCUGGUAUUUUGGACUUCAGUAUGAGGAUGCCAAAGGAUUUAUUUCUUGGCUCAAGUUGGACAAGAAAGUCCAGGACCAAGGAAUUUCACAACAACCAACGACGCCGUUUAUGUUUCUCGCAAAAUUCUACCCUGAAGAUGUGGCUGAGGAACUUGUUCAAGAGGUAACGCAACACUUGUUCUUUUUGCAAGUGAAGCAAGCCAUUUUGUCUAUGGAUAUUUACUGUCCACCUGAAGCCUCUGUACUACUUGCGUCGUAUGCCGUGCAAGCGAAGUAUGGUGAUUACGACGAGGUAUCAUACCGGCCAGGAAUGCUGGCUAGCGAAGAUCUUCUGCCACAACGAGUGAUUGACCAAUAUCAAAUGACUCCUGAAAUGUGGGAAGAUAGAAUCAAGAUUUGGUACGCUGAUCACCGUGGAAUGUCUCGUGACGAGGCUGAAAUGGAAUAUCUAAAGAUUGCCCAAGAUCUGGAUAUGUAUGGCGUCAACUAUUUUCCUAUUAGCAACAAGAAGGAAACGGACUUGUGGCUCGGUGUUACAGCACUUGGGUUGAACAUCUAUGAGAAGGAGAAUAAGCUGGCACCUAAGACAACUUUCACUUGGUCAGAGAUCCGGCAUAUCAGCUUCGAUGACAAGAAGUUUGUAAUCAAACCUGUAGAGAAGUCGUCACCGAACUUUGUCUUCUUCUCGCAGAAAGUUCGCAUGAACAAACUGGUAAAAAAACAGUCACAUGUUGGCAGCUGGGUGAAGGGCUUGGUAGCUAUAGGGGUCGACGAGCAUUGUAGUGAAAAAGCCGCACGGUUCUUAUUUGUUAAGAUUCUGGACUUGUGCAUUGGCAACCACGACCUCUUCAUGCGUCGCCGUAAACCAGACUCAAUGGAGGUACAGCAAAUGAAAGCACAGGCCAAGGAAGAGAAAUCUAGGAGGCAGAUCGAAAGAAACAAACUGGCCCGGGAAAAACAGUUAAGAGAAGCUGCAGAAAGAGAAAAGGCAGCUAUGGAACAACGGUUGUUACAGUAUCAAGAAGAAAUAAGACUUGCCAACGAAGCAUUGAGAAGAUCUGAAGAGACAGCAGAUCUGUUAGCAGAGAAGAGUCGCGUUGCUGAGGAAGAAGCUAUGCUUUUAAGCCAAAAGGCAACGGAAGCAGAACAAGAGAUAACUCGUAUACGACUUAAUAAUAUGAAAACGGAGGAAGAAAAAGUUCACCUAGAGAGAAAAACUCGUGAAGCUGAGCUUCUUACAGAGAGAUUAGUUCAAGAAUCGGAACGACGAGCAGCUGAAGCUGAAAAACUGAAAGAUGAACUGCUACGUGCUCGAAUUGCUGAAAAAGAGGCUAAGGAAAAGUUGCUGGAAUUUUUGAGCAGAAAUGCUUACAACGCAUCUAUCACUCCUGUACCAAAUUUAUUCCCGUCAACACAAGUAUUACCAUCUGAACUACAGGCCGAUCUUCAGACGUUGCAAUUGGACGCAGAACCUCUUCCAGCGGACCUUACGUCAUAUGAUCUUAUUGCCGAUGGAGAUGUCGAUCAAUUGUCCCUUGAAAUAGAAAAAGAACGGGUGGAUUAUUGGGAGAAAAGCAAGCAUCUUCAAGAACAAUUACGUGAAUUACGAUCUGAAAUUGAGGUAAUGAAGGUUGGUGAAAAGCAGUGUGAGCUGGACCAGCUACACGAGGAACAGGUGCGACUUGGUGAAAAUAAAUACAGUACGCUGAAAAAAGUGAAGUCUGGAUCUACCAAAGCUCGAGUCGCAUUUUUCGAAGAGCUUUAGGUAUUUAUUUUUUGAAAUUACGGUUAAGAAAGAUUAGAUCAUACGAUAACCAUUUCAAUUGAAAAAUAUUUUUGUACAAUAAUCAGUGCCUAUCUAGCUUAAACAUUGCGUAAUAUCGAUGUUUUGCUAACUGUAUAUACCCUAAUUAAGUUGUAGAUAUUUUCUACAAAUUUUUGACGUUUAUUUUGGCCAAAAUUUAUAGCUUAUCAUUGUUACAAGAGAAUUUCAGUCACGGAGAGCAGGCUUAACGACAAGCUCUACAGAGUUAUUAAUUAUAUACUUUGAUAGAAUCUAUCAGAUAGUUUUAGAAAUAGGAUGGAUACAAUUUGAUAUGGUAGAAUUUAUCUGCUUGAAUUUCCUAUUGGAGUUAUCACUUUGCGAAGAUUUUUUUUCAUAAAACUUUUAAUACCUAUUACUUAUCUGCUUGUGAAUAAAGGAACGUAUUUAUCAUCAGACUAAUAUUCCGAUACAUAGAUCAUGCCACAAAGUUCCAAUAUUUUGUACAAGGUCAUUAAUUUCCAGGCGCUUGAAGUAAAGUCGUAUUCGUAACAAUUAGUCGAAUCGUUGAUUUUCAGAUAGAGCGUAAUAUAAGUAUAAUUUUGCCUAUUAAUUAUGAGAUAUACCUUGCAAAAAAUCACAUAACAUUUCAGGCUGUGGCAUAUGUAUUUUUUCGCCAAUUUUCGUAAUGUUUCCGUAGUUGUUUUCUUCAGUCAUUUUUUAUUUAGUCAAGUAAAAUUAAUAUUCCCUUCAUACAUUAUUGUUAACGUUGAUGAAGACGGUGUAAUAGCUUCAUAAGUUAACUAUAAUAUGUAAGCCUUUAAGGAAUGAUCAUAGGUAUAUAGCUCCGAGCACGAAAACGCAUUACCAUAGAGACAUUAUGAGUUCGUGUAAUAGAAUCUUAGGGUAAAAAAUGAUUCAUAUAUGUUUAUAUUUCAGUGUUUGCAUGGUAUUUAUUAUUCAAAAUGCAACGUUGAUAGCCUUACUAAUAGAAAACAAUUCGAAUGUGUUUAAAAGGUAAAAAAGGUCGCUAAGAACAAAAACAUCUGGUAUAAGUAGGGUUACUUCAAUUGGACACUUAACAAAUGUUUAUGCAGAAUAAUUUAGAUUUUAAUCUAUAUAGGUAAGAAUGUUUCCUGAUGCUGUUUAAUCGGGUGAAAAGAACAAAUAUUUUAUCUACCACGUAGACAAGAUGUACACGUUAUGCCGCCUAGAAUAGUUGUAUAGUAGUUAUGAGUUAUGAUACUAUUACACCUGAUUUGAAUUAGCACCUUGGAUUUGCUUUUAUCGCAGUAUUUUGGAAGUGAUUUAAAGGAUGUAUAUAUCAUUAGUAGUUCCUUCGAAAAGUUGCAUGUGCGUGCAGAAUGCUUCCUUUUAUCAACCCAUACAAAACAAUAACUGGAGCUUUCCGUAAUAAUCAGACUACUCGUUCACCUUGUAUUUAAAGGCUCUCAUGAGACUCAAGUGGUGCUUUGUUCUCACAACCAAACAGACUAAUAAGAAAAUGUCUGAUAAUUGGAGACGUCGAAAAACUCUAAAAUAUAAGUUAUUUUUACACAGUCCAAUUAUUGUGUGUAAAAAAACUUGACUCGUCUGUCGUGAAAAUCUGCUACCAUGUCAAUAAUAGUAAUAAAUAUUGCCACAUUAUAUUGAUUAUUUGAUUAAUAGACUUUUUACAAUCUCUUCAAUUUACUCAACCAGUGGACCGUAAAAUUCAUCAGUUUAUCAUUUUCGGCAAUCAAUUAUUAGCGUAUAGAACAACAGUACGGUUCAGAUCAAACUGGCAAUAAAUAUUUUCAUUGAUGUUCCUCGCGAACGCUACGGUGAUAUAAUUUUUAAUAAAAUUGAUUGAUUCUUAGUUUUAACGUAUCAGUAAAAAAUGAUGUUUUGAAAUUGUCAAAUUGUUUGUAAUAGUUUUUUUGUCAAUCUUACGUUUAGGGAAUUACGUCCCUCUCAAUAUGAACUUGUCGCAGCGAUAUUUUCAUAUUUUAUCGGCAAAUUGCUACAUUCGUCAGGCUAUCAGCAAAUUUCUGGUGCCAUGCUAGUCUUAACAAAAAUGUAUUUAAUUUGCAUCAAAACCGCAUCACGUUUUAUCCACUAUUAUACAAUUUGAUCAUUAUAAUGUAAACAUACGUUUUCAUGAGUAGAUACAGGUGUACAUAAGGAUUUAUCUUGAAAUAAUUAGAGCAAUUUUUCAUAAUAUAGCAAUAUAAUGUCAUAAAUAAAAUUUAAUUCCAAUUUAACAAUGCUCUCGUUCUGUUCGUGACGUGGUUUAUAAACCGAGAUACGAUUUAUUGUGAUUUUAUUCCAGUGAUAUUUGAGUAUUCAACGCAGCUUCUUUUUUGCAAGAAUAACAAAAUACAUUUGUCAAUAUGUAGCAACACCUGUAACACUCGUGUAAAUGAUUAAUAAACGAACUGAAUAUGAUAUAGCAGAAGUGUAGAAAGGUACUUGAUCUAUUACUUUAGUCCAGUCAAAAUGUUCCUGAAAUCGACGUUCCGAGGUAGAGCGCUGAAUUUUUGGGGUAGGCUGUGAUUGACGAUCACAAUAGAUGUUACAAAGUAGGAGGGUUGCAGCACUCGGGGGGCCGAAAAAAAAAAUUGUAAAUGGUGAAAAAACAUAUUUUUAGUUUAUAACUUGAAAACUAAAUACAAAAUUGGAAAAAGUUUCACAUGAAAGUUGUAGAGCAUUAAAUUGUAUGUGAAAAAUGUCAUCACAUUCUUCCCUCAUCUUCAAUAGAUCCGCCUUCAGAAGUAUGCGAAAUGUGGGGGUUGAAAGAAACCUUAAAAAAAUCGUAUAUAAUCCCAAAUUUGACAUAUUAUAUAUUCAAUUUUAUUUUUUAAACGUCGAAAAAAUCCAUUCUACAGUCUCCGACAGAUAUUUUGCAAUUUCAACCUUUUCCCGUUUUUCAUAACAAUUUUAAUUAUUAAAUCAAUGGUUUGCCUCAAUUCGCGGGGUGCUCAAUUUUUUAUAUUAUUUUACAUUAUUAUUUUUUAUAUGAUUACUUUCCUACGAAAAGGUACCCUAUGACUUUUUUAACUUCCCGUUUCUCUGUUUUCAGAGAUAAAAGGAAGUUAUUGUAAUCAGGCCGAAAAUGAAAAGUCGAGUUUUCACUAGAUCUCGACGUUUCGAGAUCUAGAGAAUCACCUCCAACUAUUUUCGUAUGGACGAUGUGUGUGUGGUCAAUGUUUUCAUUCGACGAUAUUUUGAGACCGUGUAAUCGGAUUUCAAUGAUUUUCGUCUCUAUCGACGCGGCUUUUCCAAAUUUAGAACUGAUCAUAUUAUCGCUUUGAUCGGUGCAGUUACUUUUUGAGUUAUGUAAUAACAAAAUUCCA